AUGGAGCAGCAGCUUCAGUUUCAGCAGCUGCAGAAACAGCAAGAGAGAAGAAAAGAGGAGAAAAAGAAGCAGAGGAAAGCAGAGAGCGUUGACGUGAGCAGCGCUGAGAAGUCGAAGCCAACUGCUGAGACACACAGCACGUCUCAGGAGGAGAGUCAGGCUCUGAGGGAGCUCCAGGACGAGAACGGCCGGCUCUUCAAACUGCUGAGUGAGAAAGACUUUGAGAUCAAACACCUGAAGAAGAAACAGGAAGAGGAGCGGCAGGCUUUAGGAGGCUCGCCCAGCUUGUCUGCAGCUGCUGCUGCUACAAAGAUCGUUGAACUUUCCAAGAAGAUCCGAGAGCUCAGUGCUGAACUGGAGCAGGAGAAGACCAGAACCAAGCAGCAGACCUUCAGGAUCAUGGCGCUGGAGAAGGAGCUGCAGGCAGCUCCGGGCCGUCAGGUGGACGGUUCUGAAGGCCGUCAGGAGAACCUUCUCUCUGGAACCACAGCUUCUGCCGACAGUCCCACCAUUAGAUGUCUGCAGGACAAACUGGCAGCAGCUCAGCUGAAGGUGGUGGAAUAUCGCAACCAGGUUCAGGCUUCCAAACAAGAGUUGAAGGUGGCUCAGAAGGUUCUGCUGAGCGAGCUCGGAGAGGACGUACCCCUGCAGCAGCUCCUCGCCAGCCCGACCAGCUUCAGAGGAAGAGCGCAGCAGAUCCUGGCUCUGCAGACCCGGGUCCGGGAUCUGGAGCAGCAGCUGAACCAGAGACAGAGCUCAUACGAGAACUGUCCAUCCACCAAGAGUCCUCCAGGGGACAGAAACCUCAGCCACAUCCGCGCCAUGGACAAGGAGAGGAGGGAGGCGCUGGAGAGGAUCUUGGUCGAACACGAGCUGCUGCUCAGAGAGCACGAAGACGUGAAGAGGAAGCUGGAGGCCUCCAGGGCCCGAAGCAAGGCACUGAGUGGGGAGGUGAAGUCUCUGAAGGAGCAGGUCUGCACCCUGCUGGACAAAGGACGACACGACGACGAGCUGGUGGACGCUCUACUGAAGCAACAGAGUCAGAUGCAGACGAUGCUGCAAAGCUUCACCGUUCAGCAGAAGAAGACGCAGAGCCACCAGCGGAGCGACGAGGCGGCAGAGCACAGCGCGCUCGUCCACAGCCUGAAAGUCACCCUGGCAGAAAAAGAUGCUCAGAUCAAAGAGCUGCAGCGGCUGCAACACAAACAUGGAGAGGACACGGAGGACGGCGUGAGGACCAGGGACGACGGUUCAGGAGUUUCUCCACAAGAGGGCGACAUUACCCCGGGAAUGAUGCGUUCAGGGGGGGUUUCCAGGUUUGGUCAUAAGCUGGUGCUUCCUGGAGUGGGGGUCAGUGUGGAUCUGAUGAGUGUCGGCGCUGUGAAACCAGGGCGAGGAGGAGCAGCGUCUCCAGCCGGAGGAGGAGCGCCAGGAGAGCAGGAGAGGUCGAGCGACGGCGAGGAGUGAAGGCGUCCUCCUGCCGGCUGACCUCUGACCUCUGACCGCUACACAGCCUCCACACGCCGGGAGGAGGCGGCGUCGGACUCUCUUCACUUCAGCAUUAAAACAUUAAAGAGGCGCUGCGAGAUUGGCAGGUCGCUGCCGGGCUGAGAGAGUGCCACAAGACAAAAAUAUCAGCGAUGAAGAAAACCUUUAUGUUGGAGGAAACACUGCAGCCUGUGUGGAGGCGG